UCAAGCAUGCCCAGUUGCAGCAGCAACUUUGUGCAUUGAUGUUGUUCUUAUCGAAGAGAUUUUUUCACAUUUAUCAAGUUCUGUUAACCCUAAUGAUAAUUUUUGCACUUAAUUAGACACUUUUAAUUGCAACUUUUUACUUUGUGCAUGUAAAAUGGAUGUAUUUUAACGCGCGAAUCAUUUACAGUGAUAGUUUGUUGAUUGUUGUUUUGACAUAACCUCAAAAAUUGUUGUUCUCAAAACUUGAAGUGCGCGUAAAAUAAAAAAAAACUCCUUUUUUUAUCGAACGGUCAUAAAAUCGGGAAAAAAAUAUGUCAGGAAAGGGUAAACAAAGUUCGAAGAAGGCAGUGAUUAAAGUUCGAGAAGGUGGAAAAUCGGCACAAUCAACAUUGAACAAUGCAGAAGCGAGUCCUGAAACCGAGGAUGUUUCGACAUUCCUUUCAAAUUUAAAAAUUAUUGACAAAGAAAAACAAUUGCCAAAGUAUUGUUCUAUUCUACAGCGAUCUUCGGAGGAGGGAAUUGGAAUGGAAGAUUUGGACGCACUGCAAAUGGAACUUGAAAUGAUGCUCUCGUCAGUGGUGUUGAGAAGUCGAGCAUUGCAGGAGGAAAUAACGAGUUUUUCCUCGACCGACGAACGACGUGAUAGACGUUCGAAAAGUGGGAAAGGACUUUCGCAGGUGGACAAAAAAAUACGUGACGACAAAACUAAAGCCAAAGAAUUAAAUGUCAAGACACAUUCGCCAGUGCCGAACAAACUUUUCAAGCAACGCAUUCCAGGCAGUUCGCUGAAUCAAUUGGUGCCAAAUCCACACGAAUUGGUUCGAGUCGAAGGCAAGGACGUUCCAAAAUUGAUGCCGAAAAAUGAUACACCCAAUAAAUUUUGGGCCUCCGUCGAUCCUUAUUGCACGGACAUUAUGCCCGACGAUAUUAAAUUACUCGAGGAACUUAUUUCCUCACAUUCGGAUAUUUCUGAGUUCAAAAAAAUUCCCCCUUUGGGAAGACAUUACAGUUUAUUGUGGGCGCACAACGAUUUGCUCCAAGAGGAAGACGCUUCGAAUUCAAAUCGAGAAAAGAAGAAACGAUCAGACGUUUCACUCCUAUUGGCGAAGGGCGAGAAGAAAACGAACGGAAUCUCUGGACCUUUGACACAAAGACUAGUGUCCGCUCUACUCGAGGAAAAUGUCUACGUGGCGAAUAAUAAUACGGACAACAAAUUAUUUCGCGACGGCGAUCCGCCAGUAUUGCGCGAUCUCACAAUACAAAAUUCAAUGAAUCUCGAACUGCGAAUGCACAAAGAACUCGUUGAUCAGGGUAUUUUGGAGCCGGACUCGCAAAAAAGGAAUCCCGACGAUGAUGAAAUUCUUGCGGAAAUAAAACGUUGUCAACAGGAGCUCACUGCACUUUCUAGUCACAAUGUUACGCAAUUGAAACGACUUUUAAAUUUAACGCAAGACGAAAGUAAACGACAAUCGUUGAAGAGAAAAAUUAAAACUGUCGAUAAUGAGGUGGUGGAUCAUUAUAAUAAAUUAGUAUUAUCGAAACAGGGAAAAAUGCCAUUGUCAAGGAAGGAGCAGGAAAAGGCCUGGGCGUGCCUCAAGGAAAGGGAAAAUCUUUUACAACAACUCGACAUGUUACCUUCAAACAGUAUCGGCGAGCCAAUCAGAGUAUCAAAUGCAAGCAAUCCAUCCACGUAAAUUGUGAUGCGAUUUUAAUUAUCGGACUUCUUUUUUGAUUUUUUCUUUUUUUAAAUCAAAAACGUUGAUUAAAUUAUUAUUAUAUUAAAUAAAGUUUAAGUAAUAUUAGGAAA